AUGAACGCCGUUGCCGCCGCGCGACGACCGUCCUCUUCUUCUUCUUCUUCUUCUCCGUCUUCGUCGACGAGGACGAGAGGAUAUCAAAAAUUCACCAUCACGAACAGAUAUGGAAGAAGAGAAAAAGAACACCACCCAGCGUCGUCAAAAGAAGUAGCCAAGAAUACGAAGAAUAGCAGCAUUACGAACAAUACCAACGGCAACAGUAAUAAAGUGUUGUUUGCGUCUGGAUUGGGAGCCUCGCUCGUUGGUUUGCUCACGCCUUCAGCCGCGAUGGCGAUAUCGAUAACCGAUCCUGUUUUCGGAGAUAUCGAGGUGUGGCAGUUUCUUAUUUUAACCGCCGGUUACUGGAUCGCCAUCGAAGCGUAUUUGGACAACAAAUACGACGAAGAUAAGAAGACGGUCAUGCCAACGCUUAAGAAGAAGGACGAGGACGAGGACGAAUAA